AUGGACUUGCUUCUUGCUUUGAUCGUCUUUGCUCUCUGCUUCGGAGCCUGUUUGAUACUGCUGCUGCUGAUCGUCAUGAAUCCUUGUCGCUUCCGCUUGCGGGAGAGAUCAGCGUCCGCAAGCUGGCCUGCAAAGGCUGAAGGGCUAGAGCAGAGCAAUGACUACAAUGCACUGCUUCAGAUGCACCUCCGCCGCGAGCUGUCGAAGGGAACGGCGGCAACGCGACUUGUGGAAUCGAUCGCCGAGGCCGUCGCCGAGAUCCGCACUGGGCAACGUGUGCCAGUUCCGGAAGAUGUGGAGGAGUUACCUGGAAUCGUCAGCACGGACUUUUCGACUCUCCGGGCCCGCGGCUGCGUUGGCAUCCUGGAUCUGACCGACAUGAGGAUUGACCUCGUGGAGCACCCGGAUGGCCCGGAGAAAACGCGGCUGUGCACCUGGAAGACCGUGUCGAAAGCAAGACUCGUCAAGGAAAGCAAAGUCCAAACUGUGGCAGAGGAGCGCCUUGUGCUUGCAGCCACGUGGGCUUUCCCGUCCCCUUUCAUCAUCGCCUACCACGGUUGUUGUCAGACGCCGAGAUAUCUCCGUUUCCGGAUGGAAGGCAUUGGGCUCUAUGGCAGCGAAGCGCAUGCAAGGUACUACAUGGCCAGCGUUGUGUGUGCCUUGCAGCAUUUGCACAGCCUGCAGGUCGUCUUCCGGAGCUUGAAUCCGGAGUCUUGCCUCCUCGAUUGCCAAGGCCAGCUCAAGCUGUUUGACUUCAGCUGCGCCAAGAUCAUCGUGAAUAAGACCUGGACCAUGUGUGGGACACCGGAAUACUUCGCACCCGAGGUCGCCGCAAACGUGGGCCACACAUUCGAUUACGACUGGUGGAUAGUGGGCAUCAUGACAUACGAGCUUUGUGCAGAAGUCUCGCCCUUUGCGGAGGCCAAUAUGAUGGACACCUUAACUAGGAUCCAGGAGUGCCAGUUCACAAUCCCAAAAUCUGUACCCUCGUCAGCAAGGAAUGUUAUCCGAAAGCUUUUGGUGAAGGAUCCUUCGAAACGAGCACCGGGUGGAGCGAAGUCGCUUGCAAAGCACAGCUUCUUCCGGCCCGUGUCUGAGCCCAAAGGGUCGUGGAACUGCUAUCAGAUGGCACCUCCCUUUACGCCAUCCUUUGCAGACGGGCCUUUCUCCAACAUCAAGAAAGCAGGCGACGAAGAGAUUGCGGAGUCUUGGGGUGCGCAGACAGCGACAGAAGAGGACCCGGCCCCCAUGCGGGUUGAGUGGGAGCAGUUCGGGCCUGUGGGGCCCUGUGAUGAGUUUCCCUAA